AUGGUUAUUGGCAUGUGCUUUGACACGACAGCUUCCAAUACUGGAAAACUCAAUGGAGCUUGCACUCUUCUAGAAAAAGCCUUGGGACGUAAUUUAGUAUGGAUGGCUUGCCGUCAUCAUAAGUUUGAAGUGCUGCUUACCGGUGUAUAUAGUGUUUGUCUUGGAACAUCCGCUGGACCAGAAAUUUUAUUCUUUAAAAGGUUUCGUGAAAAAUGGACAGAAAUGAAUCACACACCAGAAGCCAGAUCAACCCCUUUGAUAAUUGUUUCAGAUGCAAUUAAAGCAUUCAUCAAAUGUCAACUUGAGGUCAGACAUUCUCGAGAUGACUAUUUAGAGUUUCCACUUCUUGCUGCACAAAUAGCUGAACUGCAGGUUGAUGUAGCCAUUCGCAAACCUGGUGCACGGCACAGAGCACGAUGGAUGGCAAAAGCCAUCUAUGCAUUAAAAAUUGAACUAUUAUUCACCGUAAAUAAAACCAUUUUUAACUUAAACAGCUCGAGAAUUACAAGGUAUUCAACGUUUGAAUCGGUUUAUCAUUUGUGUUUAACUUCGGUCAUGGUUUUCAUGCAGGCUCACUGCUGA